UCAACACAGGCUUCAUAAAGGCCGGCAUAAAUCCAAAGCACCCAAAAAAAAAAAAAACUCAAAUUACGAAUGGGUAAGGGAGGAAAGCCUGAUGGAGGUGAUGGUUUUGAGGAAGCCAGCAGAGAUGGUUGUGAACAAGAGAACAUGGCUGCUUGGCUUCUUGGUGUUAACACCCUCAAAAUCCAACCUUUCAAGCUCCCUAAUCUCGGACCCCGUGAUGUUUUAAUUCGACUCAAGGCUGUUGGCAUAUGUGGCAGUGAUGUUCACCACUUCAAGAACAUGAGAUGUGCAGAUUUUGUGGUGAAAGAGCCAAUGGUAAUCGGGCAUGAGUGCGCUGGGUUCGUAGAGGAAGUUGGGAGUGAGGUGAAGCAUCUGGUGCCUGGUGACCGCGUGGCACUAGAGCCCGGCAUCAAUUGCAAGCGAUGUGAGCUAUGCAAACAAGGCCGAUAUAAUCUAUGCCCUGAGAUGAAGUUUUUCGGGUCCCCUCCAACUCAUGGUUGCCUGGCAAAUCAGGUUGUCCAUCCUGGAGACCUGUGUUUUAAACUACCAAACAAUGUGAGCUUGGAGGAAGGGGCAAUGUGUGAGCCCUUAAGUGUUGGUGUUCAUGCUUGUCGUCGGGCUAAUGUCGGUCCAGAAACAAAUGUUUUGGUCAUGGGAGCAGGACCUAUAGGACUUGUUACAUUGUUGGCUGCUUGUGCCUUCGAAGCACCUAGAAUUGUCGUGGCGGAUGUGAAUGACCACCGUUUAUCCGUUGCAAAGGCUCUUGGUGCACAUGAGAUUGUCAAAGUUUCCACAAAUAUUGAGGAGGUUGCUGAAGAAGUUGUUAAAAUAAAAGAAGCUAUGGGAACUCGAGUGGAUGUAAGCUUCGAUUGUGCAGGGUUUAAUAAAACCAUGGCAACAGCUUUGAGUGCUACUGGUUCCGGUGGCAAAGUUUGCCUUGUGGGAAUGGGCCAGAGAGAGCUGACUCUCCCACUCACUUCAGCUGCCGCCAGAGAGGUCGAUGUGAUUGGAAUUUUCCGAUACAAGAACACAUGGCCCUUGUGCCUCGAAUUGUUGAGAAGUAGUAAGGUUGAUGUGAAGCCCCUGAUAACACAUCGUUUUGGAUUCUCUCAAAAGGAAGUGGAAAAAGCAUUUGAAACCAGUGCUGGUGGAGCCAAUGCCAUUAAGGUCAUGUUUAAUCUGUAAAAUUGGCUCAAGGAAAUGGAGCCAAUCUUUGAUGAAAUUUUUGUUGUGCUUUGUUUGCCCAAUAAUUGGGGUUUGUGGUUGGGUGUUGUACUCAUAAUUAGCCCAUUUUAAACCCAUCUAGUCGGGUACAAGUUUCUGUUGUAAAAUAAUAAUAAUAAUAAUAAAUAACUAUUAAAAGGA